CACACCCCCCUGUGAGAGGCUGGCUGCAGUUGGUACCUGCCGCCCUCUCAGCAGUUGGCAGCACUGGCAGCGUGGCAGUCCCUGCGCCUUCUGUUGUGUGACGCAUUUGUAGCGAGCUGUUUCCAGUGUGAAGACGUGACUCCGCAUUUUGCGCUGCAGCUUCCGAGUUGAUUAUCUACUUAUCCGUUAAUAAGGACCUUCCAUCAUGUCGUCAGCUGCUGGGGUUCAGAGGACGGCUGCCGUGGACCUGGGCGCCCUGCUGGACGCGGGCGAGGGCGCGGUCGUGACGCUGGUGGCGGGAGAGACGCGGCUGGCGGCGCACCGCGCGGUCCUGGAAGAGAGGAGCCCCGUGUUCCGAGCCAUGUUCCAGCACGACACGCUGGAGGCCAGCUGCGGUGAAGUCAGAAUCGCGGACGUGGAGGGCCCGGUGCUGAGGCAGCUGCUGUCUUACAUGUACACCCUGCAGGCACCCCAGCUGACCGACACGGCCCGGGAGCUGUUGACGGCAGCCGACAAAUACGGCCUGUCAGCCCUGAAGGCCGCCUGCGAACAGCAGGUGGCGGCGCAGCUGGAGGUGGAGACGGCGGCGGCUGCCGCUGUGCUGGCGGUGAGGCACUCGUGCCCCAGCCUAACUGCGGCCGCCGUCCACUUCAUAAGGUCUCAAACACACAAAGUAAUGGCGACGCAGGGCUGGGCAGACGCCGUGCUGGAGUACCCAAAAGACGUCGUCGAAGUCAGUCGGCUGCUUGGUGAGCCACGAGCAGAAGCCAGCGCGGGCCGUGGCUCCAGCAGUCCCAGCACCGCCACUCGGCCACUCGGCGACCCCGGACGCUCUCUUGCCGCGGCUGCCCGCCACACUCCGCCGCCACCAGACGACGCGGCCGUCUCUCGCCUGCGGAGCCUCUCUCAACAGGAGAGAGGGAGGAGGCUGAUAGAGGCGGCCAGGCAGGGCGCGGCGGAGCAGCUGCGCGAGUUGCUGGCGGCGGGGGCGGACGUGCGGGCGAGGGAUGAGGGGUUGGGGAACAGCCUGACCGCCCUGCACUGGGCAGCAUCCCGGGGUCACGUGGCGGCGGCCAGCUGCCUCGUCGGCGCCGGCGCGGAGGUCGACGCCAGGCACAGCCUGGAUCAGGGCACGCCCCUGCACUGGGCUGCAUACAGUGGCGACGCUGGUGUGGUGCGGCUGCUGGUCGGCGCCUCUGCUGACCCCAACGCCAGGGAUCAGUGGGGGCAGACGCCGCUGCACAGGGCGGCAGAGAGGGGCCACGCAGAGGCGGCGGCUGAGCUGCUCCUGGCGGGGGCGGACAGGGGGGUCCUGGAUGUGGAUGGCAGGACCCCCAUGUACCUCGCCAGGCAGAGGGGAAAUCAGGAGCUGGUGGAUAUGCUGACACAACGCUGA